AUGGGCUUGCGAUUCGUUCUUGACCUAGGAUCCCCAACCUGUGUAAAUGCAGGGCUUCUAUUCACUCUUCUUCACAUUGAGAACUUAACUUCUCUACUUUCUAGCUUUAGAGAGAUCUUGGAGAAUUUGUACUGCUUGUCGAAGAGAGGAGUCGCCAUGCAUUCCAAGUGGGCGGCAGCUGUGAUAGAGCAGGUGCGCACAAGUGGACCAGCUACUGUCUAUCGUCGCAGGUCUGAGCUGGAGCAUGCUGGGCCUCAUGCGCUGCAUGCCACGUCAUCUGAGCAAAACAGGAGAAAUGUUAUGCCGAACCCCCCUCAAAGAGGAAGGUUGAUGUCAAGUAUUCAAGAAAUGGAGCUACGACAUCACGAGCGAAGGAUGGUUAAACAUCUCACUGGUACAGAUAGUAGGAAGGUUGGUGGUAUGCGCAGUGUUCGAGAUGUUCUACUCAAGUCUCCUACUGACAAACUUAAAGACCAUGAUAUGCUCCGUGAAAUAGUUCGUGCGCGGUCUAGUUCACCUGAUGAGAGGCAAAUGGGUGCAGAUGUUCCUCUUCGAAGGGUAGUCAAGCAUGGAGUUGAUUCAACGUUAUUGGCUCAUUUGGAGGUGAGGUUGGCAGAGGCUAAGAAGACGAGAGAGUCAUCUGCCCGAGCGAAGGGAUCUUAUGUAAUGCCAACAACGAACCAUAAGAUGGGCAAGUUCAAUCCUGCUGGAGAUGCAGGCGUGUCUGAUAUGCUCAAGAUGAACUUUCUGUCAAGCCCGUCUACUUGUGCUGAGCUGGUUAAUCACAUCCGUCAGGCUGGUGAUCUUGACACCUUCUCGAGUCUUUAUUUGGAAAAACAAAGGGAAGGGACAUUUCAUCUACUUCAAAAAGGAUUAGUUUUUGCAGCUGAGACUAUCCAGAACUCGUCUGUUGUUGCCCUAUCUUCUACUCAGCUCAGCGAGUUGGAGGAGAAGAAUGUUGAACUGGCCAGCAAGCUUCCUGUCUAG